AUGCCUCGUCUCACGAUAGCCGUUGUCUCUGAGCAGCGGUCAAGCUACUUGCAAGAUGGUUUCUCGCAACAGGACUGCGCAGCUCUCCCACACGAUGGAGAGGUAGACGGGAUUGUGACGGCGCUGAAAAAGAUCGGUCACCAUGUCGUCCUGGUCCCAGGAAUCAAAUCGCUCGUCCAGCAUUUAGCAACUGGUGGCGAGAAAGAGUGGGACCUGGUAUUCAACAUCGCGCAGGGUUUCUUUGGAUCAGCGAGAGAAGCGCAGGUUCCAGCUCUCUUGGAUGCCUAUGAAGUUCCUUACACUUUUGCAGAUGCUGCAACAAUGGCAUUAUGUCAAAACAAAUUGAACACCAAGAUCGUACUAGAUCAUUAUCACAUUCCUACAGCGCCAUUCACCAUCAUUUCUACCACCAAGUGCAUUUGCAGCGAUUCUUUACUAGGUUCAGAGACUUUAACCUUUCCUUUGUUCGUCAAGCUAGCGACAGAAGGGUCAUCUAAAGGAAUUGAUUCGUUCAACAAAGUCAACAGUACUACAGAAUUAAGAACAGCCGUCAAAAAGCUGGUUUCCCAGUUUCCCGACCACGAGAUUCUGGUCGAGUCGUUUCUCGCUGGUCGCGAGUUCACAGUCAGUCUCCUGGGUACUGGCCAACUCAGCCGUGUCAUUGGCGUCAGAGAGCACAUAUGGCAAGAGUCACCCUCUUCCGGCCACGACCUGGACAUGCAGAACUUUGCCAGCUGGCAAAGCAAGUCCAGUCAAGAUUGCCAGUUGAAAAUAAAAGACUACAGCAUUCAAGAAACAACAGAUCCUCAGAUACACGCUGCCUGCCUACUUGCCCUCGAAACUUGGAAUGUGCUCGGCUGCAGGGAUGCUGGGAGGGUGGAUAUUCGGUUUGACUCGUGCAAAGCAGACUCGACCCCGCUUGUAUUAGAGGUGAAUCCAAUCGCGGGUCUGCUUCCCGGUCAUUCUCCCUUGCCUGCAAGUGCUCAGACCAACGGCACGUCCUUCGAUGAGCUAUUGGCGGGAAUAAUUGAAAGCGCCUUGCUUCGUAUACACACAGCUCACAGGAAUUAA